UGUAAUUUUUGUAUUUGUUUAAAAUUUUUUCUUACUCUUCAACUUUUCUGUCUUGCUCGCCAACACGACGGAACAGUAGCACUAUCUUUCCCUCCCUCUUGCUUCUUCAGCCAUGUAGUUGACGCGGUGCUCAAAAUUCCGCGUGAUAUUCAGCAGUAAAAUAGGAGAAAUUGUGCAGCGUACAUAAACUGUUUGUGAAAUGGCCGCGAUGAGGAUUUCACGAUUGAAGCAUUUACAUUCUGUUAAAUCGACUUUUCAAUUUCACGUAACACCUUCUGCUGCAUAUUCGAGCAAAUGCUAUGCUACUGGAGGGUCGGAUACUUUGCAGAGAUUUGAUCAAAAUGGUUUUGGGAUGUCGGGUUUCAGAUCUUCCAACUUUUCUCAGUAUUCUAGGGGGUUUUCUUCUGAAGUGCCUAUUUCGAAUAGGUUUCUGAGAAAGUCGAGUUAUCGGGGUAGUCUUUCUUUUGCCGGAAUAAACCCUCUAAUCAAUCACCGUUUCUUCUCAUCAGCUAGUGAUGGUAAAGGUGUCACUCCGGUAGAUGUUACAGGAAAUGGGGGUGAUGGUAGCGUUGGUGGGGAAAAUUGGACUCCUAAAGUUAAAGAAGCGUGGGAAUCUGCGGUUGAGGCUGCAAAGUAUGCAGGCAAAAAGGCGAAAGAGGCUUCUGAUGAAGCUGCUCCUCAUGUUCAGCAGUUGCUUGAUGCUCAUCCCUAUCUUAGAGAUGUGAUUGUGCCAGUCGGUGGUACUUUGGCAGGAACAAUGUUGGCAUGGUCUUUGUUGCCUAGGCUAUUUAGGCGGUUCCAUAAGUACUCAGUGGAAGGACCUGGUGCUUUGCUAUCAAAGGGUUCUUUGUUCGGGCCAGUUCCUUAUGAGGAAAGCUUCUGGGGUGCACUGGAGGCUCCAGUCCGAUAUUUUGUAACGUUCAUGGCUUUCUUGACAGUAGGGGAAAUGGUUGCACCGACUACUAUUGCCUCACAAUAUGCAACACAGGCUUGGAAAGGCGCUCUUGUUAUAUCCGUUGUCUGGUUUCUUCAUCGGUGGAAAACUAGUGUGAUUUCCCGAGCUUUGGUUGCUAAGGGCUUAGAAGGUGUCCGGAGAGAUCAGUUACUGACUAUGGACAAAAUCUCAUCCAUAGGACUCUUUGUUGUUGGGUCAAUGGCUUUAGCUGAAGCAUGUGGUGUGGCAAUGCAAUCUGUUCUGACUGUGGGGGGCAUUGGAGGAGUUGCCACUGCUUUUGCUGCCAAAGAUAUACUUGGGAAUGUCCUAAGUGGUAUUUCUGUACAGCUGUCGCAACCAUUUUCAGUUGGUGAUAUGAUAAAAGCUGGAUCUGUAGAAGGUCAAGUAGUAGAAAUGGGCCUUACAACUACAUUAUUGCUAACUGCUGAGAAGUUUCCUGUUGUCGUCCCAAAUUCUCUGUUUUCCAGCCAGGUAAUUGUCAAUAAGUCACGAGCUAAAUUUCGCGCCUUGGUCAGACGAAUUCCACUGCAAAUUGAUGACAUAGACAAGAUUUCUUCAAUAUCAGAAAAUAUAAAGUCCAUGCUCAGAUCUCACUCAAAUGUGUUUCUGGGCAAGGAGGCCCCUUACUGUUUUCUGUCUCAAAUUGAGAGAUCAUAUGCAGAACUGACGUUUGGAUGCAAUCUUAAGCAAGUGGACAAAGAAGCAGAGCAGGAUAUCCUGCUUGAGGCUGUCAGGAUCAUCAAACAACAUGGUGCUACCCUAGGCAGUACUCGUGAAGACAUUAUCGGUUGAUAGGCUGGAUGGGGUUGAAGUAUUUUGUUUCUAGGUUAGCUUUAUCUUUGUCUGUUACAUGGUGAAUGUACAAGAUACUAACCAUACAAAUAAGGUAAUGAAAGUUGCUGGAUUUUGAAUUCUCUAAA